GCUGCUGGUGCUGCGAUGCUACUGAGGCUUUCAAGACGGAACAGAGGCAAAGAGGAUGAAUUGAUAAUAGCACAAAUUGUGCUCGUUGUUCUGCACGCAUCUCAUCUCACAACCACCUUGGAAAUGCCUGGGUGAGGUCAUCGUCGCCAGUCCAUAGGCAUGGGGGCCCAAAAUACCGACACCCUUCAGCAUGUAUCAUUACACAGUCUCCUGUCGGCGAUAGCGGGAAUCCUCUGGCUUGCCGAGCAAUACCUGGGAGGAUUGUCCAAGUUAGCAAGAAAACCCUCUGUAACAAAACCAAAACCAAAGCUUGUCCCGUUGUUAUCGCACCAUUCACCCUCCUCUCUCCUCCCUCUUCGCUUCUUUACUCACUCCUCCAAUCCUACUCUGCCUCUCCCUCCCUCCCUCCCUCUCUCUCUCCCCCCUAUACUCCUCGCGCCUCGUGCCGCCCACUCUACACUCGCUUUUUACUCUCCCUUGGUCGGCGCUGCGCUUGUUCCUGAGUCUCCCGGCUCUGGCCUGCUCGUGGCUUGCUCGCGCCUUCCUUGGCUGACCCGCGCCCGCCGAACGUGGCAGUCGCCAAACCACCCGGCUGUCUCACGCUUUCCUGCCCCGUCCUCCGCCCGUCACUCCCGUCACUUCCCACCACCUUUGAUUGACCACUCCUUCCCCCAAUCGAUCCGACGCACACACCCAACUCACGCCUCUCUUUUUUUUGUCGCCGUUUCCAUGUCGCCCGCCUUGUAGCCUUUUCGCUGCCUCGAUCCUCAUCGCACGCUCGCUAUCCUACAUCUUACCUUAAUCCUAAUCCCUCUGCCGCCGAACCCUUGCUUGCUUGCUUGCUUCGCUCAAGCCUGGUCGUCCGGCUCCGCGCCAACUUUUGGCUCUCUAGUCAAACAACUCCCCGCCUCUUCCCUCCGCGACGCUCUUCUGUCCACCCUCUGUUAUGGCUCCAGCGGUCCCCCGCUUGCGCAUCCUCUCAGGUGCGUCUCCUCUCCUCUCCUCUCCGCUCCCCCUCGCAAAAG